AUGUCAAUCGACGACACCCUGACCCCUCUCCGCAUCGUCAUUAUCGGUGCUGGUAUUGCUGGACUCAGCGCGGCUAUUGCCCUGAGCAAACAGGGUCAUCAUGUUACUGUCAUCGAAAAAUCCAAGUUCGCCAGAGAAACGGGCGCGGCUAUCCACGUACCCCCGAAUUGUACAGCAAUGUUGCAAUGGAUAGAUGUUGAUCCGAAGGAGUUUGGAGGGACUUUGAUUGAACAGGAAUGGUACCUUGUCCACCGCGUCGACCUCCACAACUACCUCAAAGAACGUCUCAACCGAACCCAAGCCACCCUCCACCUGGGAUGCAAAAUCACCAAGAUCGAUAUCGAGAGCGACCAGCCCACUGUAACACUAGACGAUAGCCGUGAAUUUACCUGCGACCUUUUACUCGGCGCAGAUGGUUUACAUUCCAUCCUCCGCACCCAAAUCAUCCCCAACUUCCCCUCCCCCUUCCCAGUAGGAAAAUCCACAUUCCGGUGGCUCCUCAAAACAGAAGAUCUGAAUGACCACGAAGCCACAAAAGACGUAGUCGGGGACCCAGGCGUUUUCGUCGAAUGGGCAAGCGACGACAGACGAGUCGUUGCAUAUCCGUGUUCGAACAACAAGAUCUUUAAUCUGUGCGGGUUUCUGCCGACAGCUGAAUCGGGGAGGUAUGGUGAGGGCUGGCAAGCAGCUGGCGACAAAUCGGCCCUGGAGAAGGGCUUCUCGGGCUUCGCUCCCUCGGUCCGCAGGUUGAUUGAUAUGGCGGGUGAUGAUCUGAAAGUGUGGGAGUUGGCUGAUAUGGAGAGAAUGCCGACUUGGGUUAGGGGGAGAGCUGCGCUCUUGGGUGACGCGGCGCAUCCGUUUCAGCCUUACAUGGGCCAAGGCGCCGCAAUGGCCAUCGAAGACGCCCUAAGCAUAGCUACUCUCCUCCCACCGGGUACAAAAGCUGAGGAUAUCUCCUCUCGACUUGCGAUCUAUGAGAAAGCACGUCAACCGCGGGUUGAUUAUAUCUUGAAGUGUACCCGACUGAAUGGAGCGGAUGAGCAUGACCCGUCGGUGCAGAGGAUGACUGCUGCAGAAAUGGUCAAGGUCAUGGGUAUCUGCUUUGACCAUAAUGAGAUUGAGCACUCGAGGCGGCUUUUGGAGGAGGGACGGUGUUAA